AUCAUAUGUCUAAUUGUCCACGGUUGGUACUUUUAAAAUCAAUUUAUUGAUUCUAAAAUCUAAUUUCUUAUUGUUUUUGUUAUAAUUAACUGCAUAUAAGUUGUAAAAAUGGCUACAAAAGUGCAAAGCAAACGUUUCAAAUGGAGUUUAGAUUCCUCGAAAUGUAAUAAGAUAAGUUCGGUUAAUGAAUCCGCAUUACCUGCACCUCCGGCAUAUAGCACUUCGGGCAUUUUGGGCACUAGUGAGGUAGCCAAGAAGACUGACACCAGUCAUUUGAUAAUAAAGAAGUCUUGGGAAGUAGCGCUGGCACCUAUCAAACAAGUUCCAAUGAACCUGUUCAUAAUGUACAUGGCCGGGAACUCAAUUUCCAUAUUCCCUAUAAUGAUGGUGGGAAUGCUUUUUAUGCGACCAAUUCAAGCGCUGUUCCAAUUGAAUGCCGCAUUUAAAUCGGUAGAGAAUUCUAGUGUAAUUGGACAAAAAAUUGUGUAUAUUUUUGGAAAUUUGGUUAAUAUAGGGUUAGCGUUGUAUAAAUGCCAAAGUAUGGGUCUGCUACCGACUCAUUCAAGCGAUUGGUUAGCAUUUGUCGAACCACAAGUGAGACAGGAGUACAUUGGUGGUGGUAUAAUGUUCUCUUAAUUAAUAUAUGUGUAUUACUAUUGACUAAUUUUAAUAAAUUAUGCUACUACAUUAA